AUGCGAGGUCGUGGAGUUCCAUUACAGUAUAUUAUUGGAUCACAGCCAUUUGGCGACCUCGAUAUUAAAUGUGCUAGAGGUGUGCUGAUUCCACGGUGGGAAACUGAAGAAUGGACUCUGAAAUUGGCCCAACUACUACAGUAUCAGCAGCUGAUAGAGCAGGAUCAGAACAGCAGCAGACCUCACAGCCAGAUGACAGUAGUUGAUCUUUGUACAGGUACUGGUUGUAUUCCACUGUCUCUAGCCAGUAAAUUGAGAAAUACUGUAGCAUAUGGAGUGGAUAUUUCACAAAAGGCAGUGAAAUUAUUCAAAUCUAAUAUCAAGAGUGUGAACCGCUCGCGGCGGCUCGACAAACGUAACAGCAAGGUGAUCCCAGCUCAGGGAGAUAUCUCAAUUGAUCCGUAUGUGUUCUGUGAAAAAACAGGCAUUACUGAUGCUGAUAUUGUCACGGCAAAUCCACCGUAUAUCGGCAGAAGAGAGUUUUUCAGCCAAACAGAGCGGUCAGUCAGGCUGUACGAGCCACAUCAAGCGCUUCUUGGAGGACUGGAAUUCUACCGAUGGAUCUAUGAUCUUUCUGUCCACCUCCAAGCAAAAGGACUAGUGUGUGAAGUAGGAAAUGCGGGUCAGAUCGAUUUCAUGAGGUCGUUAGGAGCAAAAAACGGGUGGUCCAGCUCGGAGUUCCACGAUCUCAAUGGACAUCCCCGUGCCGUAGUCAUGUGGAAGGACCCCUCCUGGUCAUUCUUAGAAGCUCUAUGA